AUGGCUGCCGCUGUUCUCCUUCGACGUCCAGUCCUCACCACCAACAAGUUCCUCAGAUCCCGUCUCACAUCCUCCGCCAUGAGCCGCCCGUAUUCGUUCGAUUCGUACCUCGUCACACCGGCCGAGUUGGACAAGUCACUGCAGAAAAAUGCGCCCUCCCGACUCUCGACGGCGCCCAGGACAGUCCCGGUGUGUGGUUCUUGGUUCCUGCCAAACGAUCCCGAGAAACGCAAUGGCUAUCAGGUCUUCAAGAAGGGUCACAUUCGCAAAUCGCGAUUCUUUGAUCUCGAUAAGAUUGCCGAUACGUCCAGCCCGUAUCCUCACAUGCUGCCCAGCCCAGAGGUCUUCUCCAAUGCCCUGAGCGAGCUUGGAAUCAAGAGAGACGACACCAUUGUUGUGUACGACACCGCUGAGCUUGGGAUAUUCUCUGCACCUCGUGUCGCAUGGACGUUCAAGGUCUUUGGUCAUCCGAGCGUCCACCUCUUGAACAACUUCAAGUUGUGGGUUGAACAGGGCUAUCCCGUAGAAGAAGGGGAACAGGAGACGUUUGAGCGGACGGAAUACCCAGUUUCAGAGCUCGACAAGAGCAGAGUUGUUGCUUUCGAAGAGGUCCGUGAAAUUGCUUUGGAUUACAACAAAGAAGGCAACGAAGGUGUGCAGAUCCUCGACGCACGAUCAGAGGGGCGGUGGAAGGGUGUUGAUCCGGAGCCAAGACCUGGUCUCUCUUCUGGACACAUGCCAGGAAGCAUCUCCGUCCCAGUACCGGCUCUCCUCGAUCCAAAGACCAAAGCGUUCUUACCUCCAGAUGAGCUGCGCAAGAUCUUCGAGCAGAAGGGUGUUGACCCCAAGAAGCCCGUCAUCUCGAGCUGCGGCACUGGAGUCACCGCGACUGUGAUCGAUGCUGCAUUGACAGAAGCAGGUUAUGGCGAUGGGAGCAGACGAGUCUAUGACGGUAGCUGGACAGAAUGGGCGCAGAGGGUCAAGCCAAGCGAGAACCUCAUUUUGAAGGAGCAGUAG